GCUGAUCGGGGACACGCCGCGCCGGGCCCGGCCGCCGAGCUGCGCCCGGACCCGGCGCCUCGGAGCGCGGGCGGGAGCCAUGGCUCCGCGCGUCCCCGCCGCCGCCGCCGCCGCUGCUGACUCGGCACAAUCCGCGGGGCGCGCGGGGGGCGCGGCGUAGCCGGCGGGCGGCGGCGCGGAGCGGCCCGGGAGCUGCCGGAGGGAGCGCGCCGGGUCCGUGGGUGCCGAGGACGAUGCCAGCACAAAGGCGGGCGCAGCCCCAGCCCGCGGCGGGGGGCGGCGGGGAUGGCCGCUGAGGGCGCGCCCCGCUCGCGCCGCGCCUCCUCCGGCCGCCGUGGGUCCCGGGGCGGAGACGGCGGCGCAGCCCGGACCUGCAUGCGACGCGCAGCGACGCCGCGGCCGCCAGCCUCCCCGCGGCGCGCGCCCCGGCGGAGAGCAGCUCCCGGGCGCGGGUCCCGACCUCCAGGACUGCGGGGCUUCCCCGGGCGCGGGCCCCGCACCCGUCCCCGCACCCGUCCCUGUCCGCUGAGCCCGCUGUGCAGGAAGCCACCCUCGGCGCGGCGGGCGGGAUGGCCGGCUCGGCCCGGGAGCACCUGCUCUUCGUGCGGCGGCGGAGCCCCCAGAUGCGCUACACGCUGAGCCCCGAGAACCUGCAGAGCCUGGCCCAGGGCGCCAGGCCCGAGAACAUGGCCCUGCAGCGGGCCAACAGCGACACGGACCUGGUGACCUCGGAGAGCCGCUCCAGCCUCACGGCCAGCAUGUACGAGUACACGCUGGGCCGCGCCCAGAACCUCGUCCUCUUCUGGGACAUCAAGGAGGAGGUGGACCCCAGCGACUGGAUCGGGCUGUACCACAUCGAUGAGAAUUCUCCAGCUAACUUCUGGGAUUCUAAAAACAGGGGCGUGACUGGCACCCAGAAAGGCCAGCUCGUGUGGAGGAUUGAGCCGGGGCCCUACUUCAUGGAACCGGAGAUAAAAAUCUGCUUCAAGUACUACCACGGCAUCAGCGGGGCCCUGCGAGCCACCACGCCCUGCAUCACCGUCAGGAACCCGGCUGUGAUGAUGGGGGCAGAAGGUGCGGAAGGAGGUGCGUCCGGAAGCCCGCAUUCCCGGAAGCUCGUCAGCUUCACGCUGUUCGAUCUCAGAGCUGUUGGGCUAAAGAAAGGGAUGUUCUUCAACCCGGACCCUUACCUGAAGAUGUCCAUCCAGCCGGGGAAGAAGAGCAGCUUCCCCACGUGCGCCCACCACGGCCAGGAGAGGCGGUCCACCAUCAUCAGCAACACCACCAACCCCAUCUGGCACCGAGAGAAAUACUCCUUUUUUGCACUUGUUACCGAUGUCUUAGAAAUUGAGAUCAAAGACAAAUUCGCCAAGAGCCGUCCUAUCAUCAAGCGUUUCCUGGGGAAGCUGACCAUCCCCGUGCAGCGGCUGCUGGAGCGCCAGGCCAUCAGCGACCAGAUGCUGAGCUACAGCCUCGGCAGAAGGCUGCCCGCCGACCACGUGAGCGGGUACCUCCAGUUCAAAGUGGAGGUUACGUCCUCGCUGCACGAAGAUGCUUCCCCGGAGGCCGUGGGCUCGAUGCUGGGGGCCGGCUCCGUGAACGGAGACCUGGGCAGCCCUUCUGACGAGGAGGAGGUGCCCGGGGCCCACCCCGACGGCCCGGCCUGCCCCAACGGGCCGGCGUCCGAGGACAGCGCCGAGGGCACGCCCAAGCACUCCCUCAGGACCAGCUCCGCCCUGGACGGGGACGCCGAGGACCUGACCUCCAUGUCCUCCCGGAGCUCGCCGCCCCGCGGGCGCCAGGCUUCCCUCCACGACUACCUGGACGCCGGGGGCCACGACGGCCCUGCCCGGCCGGGCCCCGCGCCCGGCGCCGCCGCCGAGCGGCCCGCGGGGGCCUCCCCGAAGCUGAGGAGCAGCUUCCCCACGGACACCAGGCUCAGCGCCAUGCUCCACAUCGACUCGGACGAGGAGGACCACGAGCUGCCGCCCGGCCUGGGCUCCCCGUCGUCCCCGGAGGACGAGGGGGGCCUGAUCAUGUUCGGGGGGCCGCCGAGGACCGACGACGCCGGCAGCCUGUCCUCGCAGACGAAGCUGGAGGACAGCCCGCCAGAGGCCGAGGAGGGCCCCACGCAGGAGGCCGCCUCCCCGGAGGGGAAGCCGGAGGGGCCCCCGGAGCUGGCCGAGGGCCCCUCCCCGGCAGGCCCUGCCCCGGGGGAGAGCGGAGAAGAUGGGCCGGCGUCUCAGGCCGGCGCCGACCCGGACCCGGACGACGGCACGGAGCCCUGCGGCUCCCAAGAGGCGGACCCCACCCCGCGGGGGGCAGACGCGGGCCCCCCCGACACGCCGGGAGGAAGCCAGCGGGCCGCCAGCGAGGCCGAGUCCCUGGACCAGGGCUCCGAGCCCUCCCAGGUGUCCUCGGAGACGGAGCCCAGCGACCCCGCCCGGACCGAGAGCGUGAGCGAGGCCAGCACCCGGCCCGAGGGCGAGAGCGACGCGGAGGGCGCCGACAGCUCCUGCCACGAGAGCGCCGCCACGCAGCUGUCCUCCGUGGACACGCGCUGCUCCUCCUUCCCCGACACCCCCACCUUCUCCUCCCAGGAGGAGGAGGAGGACAGGGCCUGCGCGGGGGAGCCCCCCGGCGGCGGCGGCCCCGCCCCCCGGGGGCCGCAGGAGGCCUCGUGCGCGCCCGGCUCCCUGCCCGCCGUGCACAUGCCCAGCGCCGAGGAGGAGGGGCCCGGGGGGGAGCCCGCCCCCUUCCCCGACCAGGACCGGGACGGGGACCGGGACCGGGACCAGGACCAGGACGAGGGCGCGGAGGUCUGGCAGCGGAGGGGCAGCCUCGAGGGAGCGGCCGCCCCCGUGGAGAGCCAGCCCCAGGAAGAGGGCGAUGCCAGCGGUGCCCCGGGGGCUGGUGAAGGGGCCGCCGCCCAGGAGGAGGGCGCCACUGGAGGUGCCCAGGCCAACGGCCACCAGCCCCUGCGCUCGCUGCCGUCCGUGCGCCAGGAUGUCAGCCGGUACCAGCGGGUGGACGAGGCGCUCCCACCGAACUGGGAGGCGCGCAUCGACAGCCACGGCAGGAUCUUCUAUGUGGACCACGUGAACAGGACCACGACGUGGCAGCGGCCCACGGCGCCCCCCGCCCCGCAGGUGCUGCAGAGGUCCAACUCCAUCCAGCAGAUGGAGCAGCUGAACCGCAGGUACCAGAGCAUCCGCAGAACCAUGACGAACGAGAGGCCCGAGGAAAACGCCAGCGCCCUCGAUGGGGCCGGGGAGGAGGCCGACUUCCACCAAGCCAGCGCAGACUUCCGCCGUGAGAACGUCCUGCCGCACUCUACCUCCAGAUCCAGGCUCACGUUGCUGUUACAGUCUCCCCCUGUGAAGUUCCUCAUCAGCCCCGAGUUCUUCACCGUGCUACACUCGAACCCCAGUGCCUAUCGCAUGUUUACAAACAACACGUGUUUGAAGCACAUGAUCACCAAAGUCCGGCGGGACACCCACCACUUUGAACGCUACCAGCACAACCGGGACCUUGUGGGAUUUCUCAACAUGUUCGCCAACAAGCAGCUGGAGCUGCCCAGGGGCUGGGAAAUGAAGCACGACCAUCAGGGCAAGGCGUUCUUUGUUGACCACAACUCCCGGACCACCACGUUCAUCGACCCCCGGCUCCCCCUGCAGAGCAGCAGGCCCACGAGCGCGCUGGUGCACCGGCAGCACCUGACCCGGCAGCGCAGCCACAGCGCGGGCGAGGUAGGAGAGGAUACGAGGCACGCGGGGCCGCCCGUCCUUCCCAGGCCGUCCAGCACCUUCAACACCGUCAGCCGGCCGCAGUACCAGGACAUGGUUCCAGUGGCUUACAAUGACAAGAUUGUUGCAUUUCUGCGCCAACCCAAUAUCUUUGAAAUUCUACAGGAGCGUCAGCCUGAUCUCACCAGGAACCACUCACUCAGGGAGAAGAUCCAAUUUAUUCGAACGGAAGGGACCCCAGGAUUGGUGCGUCUUUCAAGUGAUGCAGACCUUGUGAUGUUGCUGAGUUUAUUUGAAGAAGAGAUAAUGUCUUAUGUGCCUCCGCAUGCCUUACUCCACCCCAGCUACUGUCAGUCCCCGCGCGGCUCCCCCGUGUCCUCUCCCCAGAACUCGCCAGGUACACAGCGUGCCAAUGCCCGGGCACCAGCCCCUUACAAGCGAGACUUUGAAGCCAAGCUGAGGAACUUUUACAGGAAGUUGGAGACGAAAGGAUAUGGACAAGGCCCAGGGAAGUUAAAGUUAAUCAUCAGAAGAGAUCACUUACUCGAAGAUGCUUUUAAUCAGAUCAUGGGCUACUCCCGAAAAGACCUGCAGAGGAACAAGCUGUACGUCACCUUCGUCGGGGAGGAAGGGCUGGAUUACAGCGGACCUUCCAGAGAGUUCUUCUUCCUGGUGUCCAGAGAACUCUUUAACCCAUAUUAUGGCUUAUUUGAAUAUUCGGCCAAUGACACCUACACAGUGCAAAUAAGUCCCAUGUCUGCCUUCGUGGACAAUCACCAUGAAUGGUUCCGGUUCAGCGGUAGGAUCCUGGGUCUCGCACUGAUACACCAGUACCUGCUGGAUGCCUUCUUCACCCGGCCCUUCUACAAGGCUCUCCUCAGAAUUCUGUGUGACCUGAGUGACCUCGAGUACCUGGAUGAAGAGUUCCAUCAGAGCCUGCAGUGGAUGAAGGACAACGACAUCCAUGACAUCCUGGACCUCACCUUCACUGUGAACGAAGAAGUCUUCGGGCAGAUCACGGAGCGCGAGUUGAAGCCCGGGGGCGCCAACAUCCCUGUCACGGAGAAGAACAAGAAGGAGUACAUCGAGAGGAUGGUGAAGUGGCGGAUCGAGCGCGGCGUGGUGCAGCAGACGGAGAGCCUGGUGCGCGGCUUCUACGAGGUGGUGGAUGCCAGGCUGGUCUCUGUGUUCGAUGCGAGGGAACUGGAGCUGGUCAUCGCGGGCACCGCCGAAAUCGACCUGAGUGACUGGAGGAACAACACCGAGUACAGAGGAGGGUACCACGACAAUCACAUUGUAAUCCGGUGGUUCUGGGCGGCCGUGGAGAGAUUCAACAACGAGCAGCGGCUGCGGCUGUUGCAGUUCGUGACGGGCACAUCCAGCAUUCCCUAUGAAGGCUUCGCUUCUCUCCGAGGGAGCAAUGGCCCCAGAAGGUUCUGUGUGGAAAAGUGGGGGAAAAUCACCGCGCUUCCCAGAGCUCACACGUGUUUCAACCGCCUGGACCUCCCCCCGUACCCCUCGUUCUCCAUGCUGUAUGAGAAGCUCCUGACAGCCGUCGAAGAGACCAGCACCUUUGGACUUGAGUGAGCAGAGCCCGGUGCCCAGCUGCGUGGGGACAGGCGGGCUGGGAAGCCGCCCUCCCAGGAUGGCCUGUCACCGGAGGGUCAGAGUGUGCUAUCAUCCGAGGGACGCCAUCGCUGGACAGGUCUAAGCCACGUUUGGGGACGGGCUCGUGGUGAGGAGUCCUUUCUGAAGGAUGGGGAUGAGCGUGAUGCCCGGGGGACGGCCCACCAGCCUUUCCAUCAGCAGGCCCUGACUGCCACCCUUCUUCCCGUUCGUGGGCUCCAAGACCAAGAUGAACCUGAGUGAGGUCAGCUCAAGGUCACUGUGCAGAGACUCGGGAGAACCUCAAAACUUAACCUUGGACGUGGUUCAAGCCAAACGGGCAGCCCUUGACCCGCUCUCCAAAUGAGUGCGAGCUCAAUAACGGAAUAAAAACGCGUGUAUUUCCCCGAAAGUACCUUUGUGGGGGACCCAGGUUAUCACAGAACGUUCCUUUUCUUGCUUACGUGUGCCUGCAUGGUGUGCACGUGGGUUUUGGCUUCCACAGGACCCGAGUGGAAAUGAAACCAAGUCAACGUGAGGCAACUCAAAAGGUUUGCUCUUGAGUGGUCUGUGACGAGGGAUAUGCAGAGUGGUCUGUGUGUCCUCAUGGCUGGGGACAAACUGUUCUACAGUGAACUCCUCCCGGCAGAUUUACGCUUUCUAAUGCAUGGGAACUAUGUUAAAUAGCUAGCGACUAACUCACAGCAUAUCAGGAAAAAGUCCACGGUGAGUUCUGCUCCCUUUUUUUUUUUUGUAGGUUCAUGCUAUUUAUGUUCUUCAAGGUGUGUACAGGAGCCUACCUGUCCUGCGGUCUGUGGCGCCCGACCCAUUUCCAUGUUCCAUGCUUACAUGGGCGUCAUGCUAGUCGGUCUCCUUUUAAGCCACUGUCCAGGGAACCAAAGGGCCUUUGAUUUUUAUAAAGGUACAAAACAACCCCCCCGAAAUAUUUUGCACUGAACGUACCAAAGUUGAAGGGACACUACAAGAUAACUGACAGCAGCUCCAUCAUCUGGCAAGUAUAACAGCUUCGAACUCAGACUUCUCCACAGUGCCAUGUCUACCACUCCAGGACUGUGCAUCUCCAGUAAUAAUUUUUUUUAAGACUCACGGUAUGUGAUCAUACACUAUGCAUUUAUUUAAAAUGCAUUAGACUCUUCCAUCCAUCAGAUACUUCACAGGAUGGCAUUUAAUAAAGAUAUUUCGUACCCCCCCCCCUUGCUCUUUAUUUGCACAGCAUCAUGACACCCCACGCUCACUGAGGGAGCCAUCAGCAGCACCUGAGGGGUCAGCUCUCUGUAGUAACAGGAAUUCUGCUCCCUCGGCAGUCGAGGACGUCACAGACAAAAGCCCUCAGCCCUCGGUACUCUGUUUCCAAGCCUGCGUUUUCGCUGAUGCUCAGAUUCCUCUUUGACAUAAGGAAAUGGGCCUCCGAGGGCACCUCGGAUGCUGCACGACCUCACUAACGUUACACUGGCUUAGUUUUAUCAGAGGCGUCCUUUGCUUCUGCUGCUUUUGGGUUUUUCCCACAUGGUGGUUUAUUCCUGGACGGAUGGCCAUAACUCACCAGAGGCUCAUACAGUGACGUUACUUUAUGAAUAAUAAACGCAUUGGUUUAACACUGGUUUGCCAGCUUAUGGUUUUACAGCACGGCACAGCCACUUCUCUGAGCUACAAGGAGCCGUGGGGUCCUCGUGAUGGGAUGUUGGCGGUCUUACACUUUAUAAAGGUCACGGGCAUGGGUUUUGUAGGUUUUAAGACUGAUUCUCCCUCCUCCCGUCCCCCCUCCCUCCGCCUCCCAUUGGGUAAGCUGCAUUUACUGCUGGAGUCUCCAGAGGAAAACCACUCAGGCUGUGUUCCUGCACCGAAGGCAGAUGCUGCUGUGCGGGGAAUGUUCUGGAAAAAGACCCCCAGAGCUCGUGCGUGGGAAAGGGCCAGAAACAGGGAAGAGAAAACAAUUUUAACUGGAGCUGUUAGUGUGUAUUUAUUGAUCAUGAAUGUAAGCAUUUUUAAUUUUGCAAAUUAUUUUUACUUGUUUAUAUGUUUUCAUUAUAAGGGAAAUAAUAUAUACUUUAUUUAAAAAACGACUUUUUUUAUGGUAAUGUGAUGUUUCAGAGCUGGCAUUCUCUGAACAGCUGAAACCGAAGGUUGCAUUUCUUUCAAAAAAUACAUUCACAGACCAUGUGAGCUUUCAUUUUGGUCUGUGACACUGUUACCCUACUACACAUUAUCAGGUAAAAGAAAUUGGAAGUAAAGUGUAUCUCUUUAAUUAUUUCUAACAAAUAUACUUAUUUGUCAGGGGUGUCCAACUUCUCAUAUAACAGGAUAAGCAUCUAGCUGCUACUGUUCUCAGAACUGGGGAUUCUCAAAGUUGUCCUUAGCCUAUCAAAACACUGUGGUCCCUGGCCUAUUUUUCUUCACUAG